UUCGCCAAGCAAAACGGCAAGAGGAGAUUCCCACCCCCUCCCCCACUUUGCUCCGCUCCGCCUCCACUACACACACAGCCCUCGCCUCCUCUCCGCACGCCUCCAUAUCAUUUCCCCCCAUCAACCCCCCAAGUCCGUCGGUGUCAUCAUCAUGGCGGGAGGACACGGCCGCUUAUAAGCCCGGCCCGGGGCCGAUCGUUUUAGGACUGUGGUGAUUGGCAGUUGCACUAGCUGACCGAGCGAAUAAGGACGCGCCGGCGAUGGGUUGCAAGGGGUCCAAGCUGGACGAGCAGGAGGCGGUGGCGCUGUGCCGCGGCCGCGCCGACCUGCUCGCGGUCGCCGUCCGCCACCGCGACGCGCUCGGGGCCGCGCACGCCGCGCUCGCCGGCUCGCUCCUCUCCGUCUCCUCCUCGCUCCACCUCCUCCUCGUCUCCGCCUCCGCCCGCCCGCGCCCGGGGAUCACGCUCCCCGCCGCCGCCAAUGCCAAGGCCGUCGACCCCCCUCCAGCGGCGCAGCCCUCCUCGCCCCCGCACUCCUCCUCGCACAUCGACUUCGCGCCCUCCUCCGGAUCCGACUCCGGCUCCGUCGCCUCCUCGCCUCCCCGCCGCGUCGACGACGCCCGCCACGACCAACUCCACCACCCGCACCCGUACGCGCUUCAGUUCCCGCAUUACGGCUACGGCUACAGUUACGAGCCUGAGCCACCGUUCGGGUACCCGCCGGGGUCGCUGCAGCUCUACUACGCGCGGAGCCGCCCGCCUCCGGCCUCGGUCGCCGUCGAGCAGCGCGCGCCCGCGUCGGAGCGCGUCUACCUCGGCUCCUCCGACCCGGCGGGCGGGAACGCGCGGUAUUACUCGUACGGAGGAGUGACCACGCCGGCAGGUAGGGCGGCUGCACCCCCGCCGUCGCCGCCGAGGGCGAGCUCGUGGGACUUCUUCAAUGUGUUCGACGACUACCAGGUGCACGACAACUACUGUUACGAUGCUGCCGGCGCCGGGACCACGGCGACGACACCGUACACGCCGAGCCGGUGCUCGCGGGACGUGCGGGAGGAGGAGGGCAUCCCGGAGCUCGAGGAGGACGACGCGGUCGUCAAGGAGGUGUCCAGCGAGCACUAUAUGACCGGGAGUGGCGGUGCUCGCAGCCGACGCAGCUCGGUCGGCGGCAUGAGCAGCAGCGAAGAGGAGAAUUGUGUUGUCGAUAAGGGAGUGCUCUCCGGGGGUGGCAUGGCGCGGCAACAGGCGCCAGCUCAGCCUAAUGUCGCGGCCUCCGUUCGCACUCACCGGAAGUCAUCGGAGACUGCAGACUUCGCCGGGGAGAUCAAGGCACAGUUUGUUCGAGCGGCCGAUGCAGUCUGGGCGGUCGGACCGAUCCUGGAGGUCGACAGGCGGAGUUACCAAUACCACCCCCGCAGCUCAGUGUACCAUGUUUCGUCUCGGAUGGUGUCAACGGCUGCAUUACCAAAUUCAGGGCAUGGAGGUGACGAGUUGGAUGUUGGAGGCUGGAAGAAGGUGGCUGAAGGGGGGAGAAGCUUAUCAGUCACCCUGCAGAAACUCUAUAUCUGGGAGAAGAAAUUAUAUAAUGAGGUUAAGUCUGAAGAGAAAAUGCGCCUCCUGCUAGCCAAGAACUCCAAGCGGCUGAAGUUCUUGGAUCAAAAGGGUGCUGAAGCUCAGAAGAUCGAUGCAACUCAAAAUUUGGUCAGGAAGCUGUCGGCAAAAAUAAGAAUGGCUGUGCGAGUUAUUGCUAAGGUUUCAAAAAAGAUAAACAGAGUUAGGGAUGAGGAAUUGUGCCCACAAAUUAUGGCCUUAAUCCAAGGGUUUGUGAAGAUGUGGCAAGAAAAGCUGGACUGCUACCAGACUCAGUGUGAAGCAAUAUCGGAGGCGAAAAACCUGGAUUCGGCUAUCUCCGGCGGGAUCAGUCGGGAUCUAGCGAUGGAGUUUGAAGUGGACUUGGUUAAAUGGAUUGUAAAUUUCUGCUCUUGGGUAAAUGCGCAAAGGAGCUUCGUGAAGGCACUGAACGGAUGGCUGGCACUGUGUCUCAACUAUCAGCAGGAGGAGACGCCCGACGGAGCUCCUCCUUAUUCUCCUGGAAGGGUGGGUGCGCCUCUUGUGUUUGUCAUCUGCAACACCUGGUCUCAAGCCAUGGAUCGGAUUUCCGAGAAGGAAGUGGUUACCGCCAUGCAAGCCCUUGUCUCCAGCGUACGCAACCAGUGCGAGCACAGAGCCUCUGUUGAGCAAAGCGAGCUGAUCUUCGUAACCCGGGAAAGAGAAAAGUGGAACAGGAUUCUGGAGAGGAAGUCCGUGGAGAUUAACAGGGAGGCAGACACACUGAACAAGAAGCUGGCCCUUGUGCCAGGCCGGCAGAGCCUGCUUCCAACGGCGCAAACGUACCAGGCGCAUUUUCUUGAAGCAGACAGCCUGCACGUAAGCUUGAGCCGGGUGCUUCAGUCCUUGGAGAGCUUCGCGUCCAGCUCCCUGCAAGCUUUCCGGGAGACCCUGAGACAUGCCGAAGAAGAAAUGCUGUCCAGAGAGAGUGCUAAAGUUUCAUAGCCCGAUUUUGCAUCUGACAGACACUAGAGCCAACAAACAAAGCUUGUGGAAUAUAAUCAUCAUCUCCUCAUCAGGUGGCAUCGGUGCUGAAUGUGCUGGGCGAAUGCUUCUGACAGAUUUUAGUUUUGGUGGAGAAAUUCUGACUUCUGAGUUUUAGUAAAUGACUGAGAUUUGCCUUGCGCACGUCGUGUAGGCAACCCUUGGUCCAUCAGAAUAGAACAGCUGUUGAAGUAGUAGCAGGUAAAUAUGGGCAGGUGCUAGUUUUUUGUGUCAUGAGCAUGUACUGUGCAAUAUUCAGCGCAUUGAAUCCCUUUGUUUUUUUUGGCUGCUGCCAUU